ACUCCGCCUCCCUGAGGUAACCAGGUCGCACCCACUUCCUUUCGCCCCCGGCCUCUCCCCGCAUUUGAAAUGCGGCGGGCGUCGUUGAGGGUCCGCGGUCCGCUUUGGGAGACGGGGCCCGUGGGCGCGGGUUGCCGGUGGCCGCCAGGAACGGGCGCCAGGCUCCCAGCGGGGCUGCGGGGAGGCCAGGCCUCGUUUCCAUGGCAACAGCAGCAGCAGCAGCGGAGUCUGGGGCGCUGGUGCCGCCACGUGACCGUCGGGGGCGGGAAAGCGCCGGUGCCGCGCAGGUGGAGGCACGCGGGGGGCGACGGCGAGCCCAGCUUCCUGGGGAUGGUGGAGAUCUUCUGCGACCGGGCGACCCGCGUGGUGGAGAAGGAGCUGGUGAAGCGGCUCCGGACCCCGAAGGACGAGGAGGAGCGGGAGCAGCGCGUGCGCGGGAUCCUCGACACCAUCCGCAACUGCGGCCACGUCCUCGAGGUGGCCUUCCCCAUCCGCAGGGACAGCGGCAGCUGGGAGGUCAUCAAGGGCUACCGCGCCCAGCACAGCCAGCACCGCCUGCCCUGCAAAGGGGGAAUUCGUUACAGCCCAUCAGUUAGUGUUGAUGAAGUAAAGGCCUUAGCUGCUUUGAUGACAUACAAAUGUGCAGUGGUGGAUGUUCCUUUUGGUGGGGCUAAGGCUGGUGUCACUGUUGAUCCAAGGAAUUACUCAGAGAGUGAACUGGAGAAAAUAACGAGACAAUUCACAUUAGAAAUGGCCAAGAAGGGAUUUAUUGGUCCUGGAAUUGAUGUAGCUGCUCCUGACAUGAGUACAGGAGAGAGGGAGAUGUCCUGGAUCGCCGAUACUUAUGCUAACACUCUUGGAUAUAGGGAUAUCAACUCCCAUGCUUGUGUGACAGGGAAGCCUAUCAGUCAGGGAGGAAUCCGGGGAAGAAUAUCAGCAACAGGUCGUGGAAUUUUACAUGGGAUAGAAAACUACAUCAACAACACAAAAUACAUGGAUCUCAUUGGCCUCAAAACAGGCUUCUCUGGGAAAACUUUUGUGUUGCAGGUAAACAUGAGAUUGGGCUGCUGCAGUAUUGAUGCAGUCUCUUUAUUUUACAGGAUUGAAAAUUCAACAUCCUUAUUGCUUCGUGUGCUAAAGUUGGGAAUGGUCACUUUUUUUGAGAUAACAUUUUACAGAAUCAUUUCCAUAUCCUGCACAAAGGUAAUUUAUCAGGAUAGCUUCUCAAGGUUUGCUUGUAUUUUAGCUGUUAUUCUGAUGUCUCCUGUUAUCUUUUUGUUUUGUUUUGUUUCUGGCGCCUCACAGAUAAUUGCUGAAGGUGCUAAUGGCCCCACAACUCCAGCGGCCCAUGACAUCUUCCUUCAGAGAAAGAUACUUGUUCUUCCGGAUUUAUACAUAAAUGCAGGUGGAGUGACAGUCUCCUUCUUUGAAUGGCUGAAGAAUCUGAACCAUGUCAGCUAUGGACGCCUCACUUUCAAAUAUGAGCGUGACUCCAACUACCAUCUGCUGAUGUCAGUGCAGCAAAGUCUGGAGAAAAAGUUUGGAAAGACUGAUGGACAAAUUCCAAUUGUGCCUACACCAGAAUUCCACGCCAGAGUGGCAGGUGCCUCAGAGAAAGAUAUUGUGCACUCAGGUUUGGCUUUCACUAUGGAGCGUUCAGCUAAGCAAAUCAUGGCCACAGCUACAAGGUACAACCUAGGCUUGGACCAAAGAACCGCUGCAUACGUCUGUGCCAUAGAAAAGGUCUUUAAAGUUUACAGUGAGUCAAGUUUCACUUACUGAGGCUACUUGCCCACAGAGUCCAUCUAUCUAUUGCCUACAGUUUGGGUAUUCUACUUUAGAAAAGAAGAAAAAUCACCAUGAGAAAGUGAGCUCUAGGUGUCGCUGUGGAGUCCUGCAAGCCAUCCUUUUUGUUUGUACCUUGUUCUUCCUUUUCCUGUGUCUCGUAUCCUUCCUGCACAGUAGUAAGCCGUAUUUGAGAAAUUAUUUUUUUACACCUGCAGGUGGUGCCAGCAGUCCAGAGAUGCUGCUGCUUUGCUAAAUUGCAAUGUAAUUGUUGAAAUUAAGUGUCUGUUGGCAUUCUG